AGCACGCUUUGGAACUCCUGGUUUCUUUCCAAGUUAUCAUACAGGAUCCAUUACACUGCUGCUACAGCAAUACGAUGGGAAAUAAUCACAGCAGCUCUAAAAAUGCUGCCGAGUAUGAAGAACUCGACUUGAGCCACUUUCGUAUGCACCAGGUCAUUGGAAAAGGCGGGUUUGGUUUGGUACGGAUUGUGGAAGUGAAAACGACUAAACAGCAAUACGCACUCAAAUACAUCAACAAAAGACAAUGCAUAAAAAAGGACAGCAUGGAGAAUGUGUUUCGUGAAAGACUAAUGAUGCAGGAGCUGGACCACCCUUUUAUCAUCAAUCUGCGCUUUGCAUUUCAAGAUGACGAGUAUAUGUUCAUUGGACUAGAUUUGGCACUUGGUGGUGAUUUAAGGUUUCAUAUUUUAAGGCAAGCAGGCCUGACUGAGCAGACAAUCAAGGUUUAUUCUGCAGAAAUCUCUUUGGCUCUUUCAUACAUUCAUAGCAAACACAUCAUUCAUCGUGAUUUAAAACCAGAAAAUCUGCUAAUUGAUUUAGACGGUCAUGUGAGGAUCACCGACUUUAAUGUAGCAUACUCCACAAAAGUCAAGUUUCCUUCAUCGCGAUCAGGAACUAUGAAUUACAUGGCACCAGAAAUGUUUUCGGGAAAGAGAUACACUUAUGCCGUCGAUUGGUGGGCACUUGGUGUGGUCAUGUUCGAGAGCUUUUAUGGGAUUAAGCCAUUUAGGGGCGAUGAUGAUCGUCAAGUUGUUCACCAGAUUAAAUCUGGUGAACUCCACUUUCCAAAAGACUAUGGAAUACGUGGCACUACAAAGCCUGAUUCAUCUAACUUAUUCAAAGAUAUUAUGUACUCGUUAAUGACCACCACUCCUACAAAACGACUUGGUGGAGAGAGUAUGGAUGCAUUUUCGAAUGGAAUUUCCACACAUGAGUGGUUUGGCGAUAUUGAUUGGCCAUCCGUAUAUGAACGUAAAGUGUUUCCGGAUUUCAUUCCAGAUAUGUCGAAAAGCAAUUUUGAAGCCGCACCUGCGUUGGAAGAGCUCCUGUACGAUUCAUCCCCACUUACACCUAAACGUCGCAAGAAAAAGACUAUUACAGACAACUCCGUUGUUCUUAAUCGCGAUUCCCUUGCUGCUUCGCUUAGUGCAUCACUUACCAGCUCACCCAGCACGUCUCAUAAUAGCCCUAAUAUGUCGAAUAUGUCGGACAAGGAGAAACAGAAGGAGCAAGAGCGUCGUCAGAUGGCAUUCAUUGAAACUCACUUUACAGUCUAUGUUCAAGGAUCUGGUAUUGGCGUAUUAGAUACGACAACCCUGAAUAGAUUGGCUAUUCAAAAUAGCAUGCAUAAACUAAAUCUUGACGAGUCUAGAGCAUUUUCAUCUGCUAGAUAUCUAAGUCCAUUGGCACAAGGCAAUGGUGAUGAGAGACAGACGCUUUCUGCGUCUGCCUCGACAAGUUCAAAAGGAUUUUCUUGCGAGUCUCCUAAAGCCAGUUUGGCUAUACCCAUCAAGGCGUCUUUAAUCAGUGCGAAACUAUUUGAAAACAAGGCACCUUCUAGACUAGUUUCUGAAAACCCAUUCCAUAAACGUCCGACUAUAUCGCCUAGUAAAUCAGAUUUAGGUGAAUUUAAAUGAAACAGUGCUAUCUAU